UUCGUGUUGACGUGCGGACGUACAAACAAAACUUUAAAAAUGGUGCAGAAAUAUUUGUUAUUAUUAUUGUUACUCUCAGUGAGUUGCUUUCUCGACAGUGUCUCCUCCCGGCCGUCAAACAAUGAUGACUCCACUCAGUAUUUGCCGUUUUACGGAGGAGCUAAAGGACAAUAUUUAGAAAUAAGAAAGGACACUCGGGGAUCUAUACUCAGUGAAAGGAUCGUCCCAGAAGAGAGUAUUUCCAAUGAGAACAUUUUCAAAGCUACCGAAGGAAAUCUACAGGCGAAAAUGUUUCAAGCAAACUUAGCACAGCUGAAGUCAUUGUCAUCUAGUGUCCUAAGGUUGUACAAUUUAGGUAGACGACUUGGUUACCUUGGCGAAAGAGAGAAGGAAAGAUUCGAGACCCAAUUAGCAUCCCUAGAAGAGACCGCGUCCAACACAGUAAAAAUUAUCGACGAAAUCGGUGACGAUGUGAAUUUAUUAUUCAUGAAAAAUAAGCCAGAAUCUACUACUACUUCAACGACUCCUGCAGCUGAGCAUUCCUCGUCCGUACCCGCACUAAGAAAAUAUCAAGACAAUUAUGAUGAUGAUGUUGGUGAAGAAGGUAUCAGUGUUGGCGCACAGGCUGACGAUUCCAGUGAAAAUGACGGAGAACUUGAAAGAGGAACGAUUUCUGAAGCUAAACCAAUCGGUCUAGCAGUAGUCGGCGAAAACGGGGUAGCAGCAUCACGGCCUAUAGCUACUGCGGUAGCAGCGUCUGGAGUCGCCAUCGCCAGGCCUAUUGCCACUGCCAUAGCAGGCCUAGACCCCACACUUCUUGGCAUUGACUUCCAGCUCAACCAUCAUCAGAAAUCUUUUAAAAUUAACAAGAAAUCAUAAUGUAUUGUGUAUGUACAUAAUGUAACGUGUUUCAAUAAGUUUUAGUAGUUUUAACAUUGAACUUAAAACUGCUAAUCUAUAUUGGAAAUUGGAAAUCUCUUUGUAAAAUUGUUGUUGUGCCAUGA